CUGGUAGGCAUCUUUGUUGACACCUUUUCUGUCGACCAAACCCGCGGAAAGCAAUCACAUGCGUCUGUCGCCGACACCUGGGGAAAGCAGCCGCACACCUCGGUCGCCCAAAUCCGCGGAAAGGAACAACAAGCGCACCUCUGUAUCUGCCGCCCAAACCCGCAGGAAGAAGCAGCACACCUUUGUCGCCCAAACGCGUGGGGAGCAAGAAUACCUCUGUCGCCUUCUUGUAUUCGGUUUGCGCAGGGAGUUUUUUCAUACCAAGCCAGCGGAUGUGACGACGAAGGAUGGCGAGCAGGAAGAUAGGAGUCAGGAGAUGGAGUAGCUGAAGAGAGUGAAGAGGGAGGUCAAGGGAGAGAGGGAGGUGGGGAGAAAGGAGGACAGGGGGAGGAAGAGAAGGAGAGGAGAGGAGAAAGAAGAGGGAAGGAGGAGCGAAGAAUAGAGAGGGAGGAGGAGGAAGAGAAGGAGAGGAGAGAAGAAAGAAGAGGAAGGAGGAGAGAGGAGGGAGGAGGAGGAGGAGGAGGAGGAGGAGGAGGAGGAGGAGCGAAGAAGAGAGAGGGAGGAGGAGGAAGAGGAAUGACAAGGGCUUAGGGAGCGAAAAGAGCAGUUGACUGUGUAUGCGGGCAAAAGAGACGAGGAUGAAGAAAAAGAAGAAGGAUAUGGCGGAAGUGGAAGAAGAAGAAGAAGAAGAAGAAGAAGAAGAAGAAGAAGAAGAGCAGAGCGGCAAAGCAGGGGGGAUGGAAGAUGAUGAUGGAUUACGAACACGUGGAGGAACAAGAGUGGACGAGAAGAAGGAUAAGCAGCUGACAAAGAAUUCUAGUGUGAAAGAAAGAGGAGGAGGAGGAGGAGGAAAUAAGGUGGAAAAUGAUGGCGGCGAGCCGGAGGAGAGUGAAGAAACCAUUGAGGAGGAAGAAGACGAAGAUGGUCUUCUGCCCGAUAAAGUGGAUGAAAAGAUCUUUGAAACGCUCGUGAAGAUCAAGCAUAAAGACCCUGCCAUCUACGAUUCGAACGUGAAAUUCUUUGGCGACGAAGACGAGGAAGGGGAGGAGGAGGAGGAAGAUGCAGCAGCAGGAGGAGGAGGAGGAGGAGGAGGAGGAGGAACGAUGACGACCAAGGAGGAGAAAAAAAAACCAAUUUAUUUGAAAGACUUGAUGGGUAGGUCAAUGGGCCUAGAGGAGGAGGACGACGAGGAGGUGCCACGUGUCAAAACAUAUGCAGAUGAGCAGUUGGAGCUUAAGAAGGCUUUUCUUGAUGCAUUGAAUGAAGACGAAGAGGGAGGAGAUGAAGGUGAUGGCUAUGGCUUGCUGCAGAUUCGAAAGAGGACAGAGAAGGAGAAGCUGAAGGAGAAGAAGGAAGAGGAGGAGGCUGUGGCGGAAACCGAGCAACGGAAAAAGGAUGCGAGUAUCGCCCGACGACUUGAAGACUACUUUGGAAGAGAUGACGAUCUUGAUGACAAUGAGAGGUUCCUUAAGAAUUACCUUCUUAAUAAUGGAUGGAUGGACAAAGAUAAAAAUAGAAUCCCCACCUACGGGGAGAUAGUGGGGAGGGAUCUGGACGAAGACGAAGAGGCAGUGGACAAGCAAGAAGAAUUUGAGAGGAAGUAUAACUUUCGAUUCGAGGAGGAGGAAGGAGGGCAGCUGAUAGGACACAGUCGAGUGGUGGGGGGAUCGGUUCGCCGAGUGGAUGACAAGAGGAAGAAGCAGAGAGAAAGGAGGAAGGAGAAGAAGAAACUGGCUAUGGCGGCCGCGAAGGAGGAGUUGAAGAGGCAGAAGAAUCUGCUCAAGCAACAGAUCUUAGCCGCCGAGGGGCUUCUUCUUCAGACGGACCGAUCAAAGGAGAAGGAGAGGAACGGGGAGAAGAGGAGGAGGGAGGUGGAGAUGAUUCAGACGGUAGCUGGCACCAGCAAAGACAGCAAAGUGUUGGAGCAGUUGAUUGGUGAUGAUUCGGACGAGGAUUUCGAUCCAGACGAGCACGACCGUAAGAUGCAAUCCCUAUUUGGAAACGAUUAUUACGAGGAAGAAGAUCCCGGCGGAGAUGCAAACCCGCUGGCCAAUGCCGGUGCUGCUAGAGAUCUAUCGGGAAGAGAUGAUGGUGGCGAUGGCACAUCUGCUUCUUCAUCUGACGAUGACGAUGAUGAUGAUGAUGAUGAUGAUGAUGAGGAGGAGGAGGAGAAGGAUAGGAAAUUGUUAGAUUUUGAGCUUGAAGAAGAGUAUCGGAGUAAACAUGGGAGUAAGAAAGGGGAUAAGAAAGAUGUGAAGAAGGUAGGGUUUGCGGCAGCGAGAGAGAAGGUAAAGAAGAUGUUGUCCGCUGGGGGUGGUGGUGGAAAGGAGGAGGAGGAGGAGGAGGAGGAGGAGGAGGAGGAAGAGGAGGGAGAGGAAGAGGAAGAUGGGGAAGGUGGUGCUUUUAACAGAGGGGGGGACAGGUGGCCAACGACGACGACGACAAAGAAGGAGAAGAAGAGGAGGAGGAAUAGAGAAUUGACGUUGGAGGAAAGACAAGCGAUUGAAAAGCGACUGGAUGAGUAUUAUAAACUGGAUUUCGAGGACCUAGUUGGGGAUCUUCCCACUCGAUUCAAGUACCGACAAGUGCAGCCCGAAAAUUAUGGCUUAUCCUCAAAGGAUAUCCUUACUUUGCCCGACAAAGAUCUCAAUUCCAUUGUCUCGCUGAAGUUCCUUUCCACGUACAGGACCGAGGAAGAAGAACGACGAUUCCUUCAAAAGUUUUAUCGCAGGGGCAAGGAGGUAAGGGAUAAAUUGCUUAGUCAGUACGAGCGGGAGCAGGAUACGAGAAGAAAGGGUCAGCAGCAACAGCAGCAGCAGAAUCAUCGCCAUGAUCAUCAAAAGCAGAAACGUUAUCACCAGAAUGGGUACAAGAAAACCAAUAGAGAACAUGGUAUUCGUGGCGGCAAGUGGAACAAUAACAGCCAGGGGCCACGUGGCAGUCAUCAAGAGGGGAGCCGCUUCGAGAAGAAGACGGAUGGAAAUGUCAGUCAGGGGCCACGUGGCAGCCAUGAAGAGGGAACCCGCUUCGAGAAGAAGACGGGUGGAAAUGGCAGUCAGGGGCCACGUGGCCGCCAGGGGCCGGGUGGAUUCUGGAAGGACAGGGAGCAGUGGCAGGGAGGAGAGGGAGGGAAGGGAGGAGGAGGUGCGAGCUUGGUCAAGAAGGAGGAAGGGGAGGAGGGAACUAAGAGAGAGGGAGAAGAUGAGCAGAGGAUUAAGAAAGAGGGCGAAGACAGGACUGUUGGAGGCAAUGCCAUAUCGGAAUCGAGGUUGAAAUCGUACGGCUUCGAUUGGGAGGACGACAAGAAGCCAGCAUGGAAAUCGAAGAAGGGCAACGAAGGAAAGAAAAGGGUCCUGCAGACAGAAAACGAGGAGAGCAAGAGCAAGAAGAAAAGGAGAAGAAAGAACAAGCAAGCUGCCUCCAAUGGAGGGACAGAAGCUGUGGCAUCUGCUGCGACUGCCUGAUGAGCAUUCCUAAUGGAUGGAUGGAUGGAUUAAUGGAUGGAUAAGAUGGAUGGAUGGAUGGGUAGGUGGGAUGGAUGGAUGGAUGGAUGGAUGGAUGAAUAGGAUGGAUAGGAUGGAUAGAUGGAUGGGCUAGGCUGAGUGGUUUGAAUAGGACAGGAGUAAGAAAGAGGAGCUAAUUUUGACUUUCUUGUUGAGUGUUUGAAGUCAAAAGGUGGGAGGCAGGAAAUUGACUGAUUUGACAGAUUGUAGAUGCCUCUGAUUAUGGAGAUGGAGGAGGAGGAAACGAGGGAGUGAAGUUGAGUUGGAUAUGGAGUGCUUCCGAUUGCACACGCCUGGGUAGAGCCCUAGGAUGUCAUGUCGAGAGCGAAGACACACACGGGCAAUUUUUAGGCCGACUUGGUUGUUUGGUUGGUUGUUGGCUUCGAGAAGUGUCUGGUUUUUUGUAGCCAGAAAUGAGCUGAUAGGUUUCUCUAUGAGAAAUACAGUUUUGGCGAAUUAGUUGUUGUUGUUGUUGUUGAGCUUGCACAAACAUUCUCCAGCUGUGCUGUCUGUACAGUGAAUUGCGAUGAACGGCAUCGAGUUAUCAACCUACAUCCACGUCGGCGGCCUUGUACGCAGGAGGUUCUGAACAGGGGGAGUUGUAAAGAAGAAGAUAAAAAAAUGAAUUCAUUUUUUCUUG